CUAACUUCACAUCCAUGGUUCUUUAACUUUCUACAUCUUUGCAAUUUCGUAUUUUUCUGUGAUACGCUGUGUAUUUCUGCAUUUUAGGCCAUGUCUCAAGCAGAAAAACCCAUGAAAAUAUCAAAACAGCUACGAUUACAGGGUCAGGAGUUCCUAUUGUAUAGGAAAAACUCCGAAAUACUGCUGGGAAUUAUUCAACACUUCGAUUGCGGUGCAGACCAACAUUCAUGUUUGUUAACAUUAGAAAUGAUAUUUUGUACCCUUCUAAAAGAUAGAAACAUGUACGUAGAAGUUAUACCAUUAAAACCGGUAGAAAAAACCGCGGAAAAUCAAUAUAAGGAGUGGUUGAGGAAUACAUAUGAACAAUGUUUUACUAAGAUAUUACACGCUAUGGAAAUCGGGUCCCCUAAACUUCAAAUGCAAGGACUAUCAACUGCUAUGAAUUUGUUAGCUUACGAAGGAAAAUAUCCGUUAGAAGGCAAGGGUAGUUUGGAAAGCUACGUGCCAAUAGCCAAAUUGAAGUACAUCCUUAUGAAAAUUUUAUCAACCAAGCAAAACAACGGCCACCUCAUCAACAAGUACACCGAAUACCUAAUAUUCGAUGACAUACUGUUUUUCACAUGGAAAAUAUUACCAUCGCUGACAGCAAAAUCGAAUCCCAAUGAAGCGUACAUCAUGAACUAUUUGUUACUUCUCGAGAAACUCCAAGUACACCAAAACGCAGAUAAGAAAAUUUUAUGCAGCGAAGGCAAUGCUUCUUUUUUUACCUUCGAUGAAUCCAUCACUGUUAAAUGUUUGAAUAAAGUGUGGCAUUGCGUGAUGCAUUGGGAGCACACCCCUCAAACUCAGAAGCAAUUGCUGAUUGUACUACUAGAAAGAGUCCUCACCCACUUAGAUAAACCGCUUCUUUUAACCGAUUUUCUCAUGGAUUCCUUAGACGUCGGCGGGCCUAUUAGUCUCUUGGCUUUACAGGGUAUUUUUACAAUGAUUCAGGUGCACAAUUUGGACUAUCCCAACAUUUUUACCAAGCUCUACUCGAUGUUUGAACCCGAAAUUUUCCACACAAAAUACAAAGCUAGGCUCUUCUACUUGUCGGAUUUGUUUUUGAGUUCCACGCAUUUACCGGAGAAUUUAGUGGCUGCGUUUGCCAAGAGAAUGGCCAGAUUGGCGCUUAUCGCUCCUUCGGAAGAUAUCAUAAUUAUCUGCAAUUUUAUAGGAAACCUCAUUUUGAGGCAUCCUGGUUUAAAGUGCUUGUUGAACAAUGCAGAAAAAGGAACGAACAACACGGAUCCUUACAUAAUGGAAGAGAGAGAUCCAGUCAAAUCGAAUGCUAUUAAUAGUUCUUUAUGGGAGAUCAAGUCGCUGCAAAAUCACGUUCAACCGAGCGUAUCUACAGCAGCCAAGUUUAUCAAUACUCCUCUGCCGAGCGUCGAAUGGGAUCUUAGUACGGUACUGGAUAAAACGGGCGAUGAUGUGUUUGAUAAAGAAGUUAAGAAAUUCAGUAAACUAAUAGUGCUGCAAUUCGAAAAACCAAAUGGAGCCUGCAUAGGUAAAGGGGAAAGAUUGUUACAAUUCUGGGAUUUGUAAUUUUUUAUGCAUAUUUGCAAUUUAUCCUGUUUAGCAAAAGGUGUGGUAGGACAAAAAUAUCCUUGCUGUUAAUAAUGUGUAUCUCUAACAUUUAAAUUUUUUACUAUUUUUCCUACCAAACUUUCGUUUUAAUUUAUUGUUAUAAUUUGAUGUUUGCAGCUUUACACACUGUUCAAAUACCUAUAUACUUUGGAACAAUUUUUCGAUUUAGAAAAUGUCUGCCUCAAAUUAAUCUUAAUAUGCAAUUAAGUGCAUACAUUCCAAAUUAUUACAUCGUUUAUUCAGUUUAAUGGUUCCUUUUUUAAUUGUAAAAUAAUCAACUAAUGGAUUGAUGUGACACUUUAAUUAUUGUUAUAAACUGUUACCUAGUACUAAAUUAGGUGCUGAAUAUAUUUUUCUUCUUUAAGUACGUACCAAAUGUAAGUACAUACACUUAUUAAUUAUUAGCAUAAAUGUCACAUUAGCAUCUAUCAAUCGGAUGUACUGUGAAUAAUUUUAAUGAAAUUAAUAUUUGUGAAUGUGAAGAUAUGAAUGUGCUUGCAUAAUUAAGACGCAUUCAUUUUUUUAUUUGUUUGGAUAAAUAAAAUGUCUUUUUAAUUUUUGUUUUUUUUAAUCCCGACUAGUUGUGAUUAAUAGGCUGAUAAAAUAUACCCAUCGAAAAAUAAGUUUUCUUUAAAUUUAAAGUCUCUUAAAAAUAAAUAAAGUUUAUAACAACGCUUUAUAUACCUAUAAUUAUUUGGUGUAGUAGAACAAAAAAUUUAAAUGCGAAAUGGAUUAUGAAGGUAUUCUUUUCAUGAGCAAAUCCCACGCUUUCUUUACUUGUUCCUUGGUGUAUUCCACGUUCCACAAUGAGCAGAAUACAACAUUUGCGUUUUGAACGUAAAAUUGAUUGUUAGGUUGAGCGUUGAGCCUGCUGUUUGCCUGUUCCUCUGUUAAAUUUCUCUCCAGCAACCUUUUCACGGCCUCUUUC